GGAUGCUGCGGCAGGUUCUGCACAGGGGCUUGAGGACGUGUUUCUCCCGGCUCGGCCACUUCAUUGCCAGUCACCCGGUCUUCUUCGCCUCGGCGCCCGUGCUCAUCUCCAUCCUGCUCGGCGCCAGCUUCAGCCGCUACCAGGUCGAGGAGAGCGUGGAGCACCUGCUGGCGCCCCAGCACAGCCUCGCCAAGAUCGAGCGCAACCUCGUCAACAGCCUCUUCCCAGUCAACCGCUCCAAGCACCGACUCUACUCAGACCUGCAGACCCCCGGGCGCUACGGUCGGGUCAUCGUCACCUCCUUCCAGAAAGCCAACAUGCUGGACCAGCAUCACACCGACCUGAUCUUAAAGUUGCAUGCUGCUGUGACCAGGAUCCAGGUUCCAAGGCCUGGUUUUAAUUACACGUUCGCCCACAUAUGUAUCCUGAAUAAUGAUAAGACUUGCAUCGUGGAUGACAUAGUGCAUGUUCUGGAGGAGCUAAAGAACGCUCGGGCCACCAACCGGACCAAUUUUGCUAUCACAUACCCGAUCACUCACUUAAAGGACGGGAGGGCAGUGUACAACGGACACCAGCUUGGAGGCGUCACUGUGCACAGCAAGGACCGGGUAAAAUCCGCAGAGGCCGUCCAGCUCACCUACUACCUGCAGUCAAUCAACAGUCUCAAUGACAUGGUGGCUGAGAGGUGGGAGUCCAGCUUCUGCGACACUGUCCGACUGUUCCAGAAAUCCAAUAGCAAAGUCAAAAUGUACCCUUACACGUCCUCCUCACUGAGGGAAGAUUUCCAGAAGACCAGCCGUGUAUCGGAACGUUACCUGGUCACCAGCCUGAUCCUGGUGGUCACCAUGGCCAUCCUGUGCUGCUCAAUGCAGGACUGCGUCCGCAGCAAACCCUGGCUGGGCCUGCUCGGGUUGGUGACCAUAACCCUGGCCACUCUCACCGCAGCCGGAAUCAUCAAUCUUACUGGUGGGAAAUACAAUUCCACCUUCCUGGGAGUCCCUUUCGUCAUGCUAGGUCAUGGAUUAUAUGGGACUUUUGAAAUGUUAUCCUCCUGGAGGAAAACUAGAGAAGACCAACAUGUUAAAGAGAGAACUGCAGCAGUCUAUGCAGACUCCAUGCUCUCCUUUUCUCUCACCACUGCCAUGUACCUGGUCACCUUUGGCAUAGGGGCCAGCCCUUUCACGAACAUUGAGGCAGCCAGGAUUUUCUGCUGCAAUUCCUGUAUUGCAAUCUUCUUCAACUACCUCUAUGUACUCUCGUUUUAUGGUUCCAGCCUGGUAUUCACUGGCUACAUAGAAAACAAUUACCAGCAUAGUAUCUUCUGUAGAAAAGUCCCAAAGCCCGAGGCAUUGCAGGAGAAGCCGGCAUGGUACAGGUUUCUCCUGACAGCCAGAUUCAGCGAGGACACAACCGACGGCGAGGAAGCGAACACUUACGAGAGUCACCUAUUGGUAUGUUUCCUCAAACGCUAUUACUGUGACUGGAUAACCAACACCUAUGUCAAGCCUUUUGUAGUUCUCUUUUACCUUAUUUAUAUUUCCUUUGCCUUAAUGGGCUAUCUGCAGGUCAGUGAAGGGUCAGACCUUAGUAACAUCGUAGCAACUGCAACGCAAACCAUUGAGUACACUACUGCCCAGCAAAAGUACUUUAGUAACUACAGUCCGGUGAUUGGGUUUUAUAUAUAUGAGUCCAUAGAAUACUGGAACACUAGUGUCCAAGAAGAUGUGCUAGAAUACACCAAGGGGUUUGUGCGGAUAUCCUGGUUUGAGAGCUAUUUAAAUUACCUUCGGAAACUCAAUGUGUCUACUGGCUUGCCUAAGAAAAACUUCACAGACAUGUUGAGGAAUUCCUUCCUGAAAGCUCCCCAGUUUUCACAUUUUCAAGAGGACAUCAUCUUCUCUAAAAAGUACAAUGAUGAGGUUGAUGUAGUGGCCUCCAGAAUGUUUCUGGUGGCCAAGACCAUGGAAACUAACAGAGAAGAACUCUAUGAUCUCCUGGAGACCCUCAGGAGACUUUCUGUCACCUCCAAGGUGAAGUUCAUUGUCUUCAACCCAUCCUUCGUGUAUAUGGAUCGAUAUGCCUCCUCUCUGGGAGCCCCCCUGCACAACUCCUGCAUCAGUGCUUUGUUCCUGCUCUUCUUCUCGGCAUUUCUGGUUGCAGAUUCUCUGAUUAAUGUCUGGCUCACUCUAACGGUUGUGUCCGUGGAGUUUGGAGUUAUAGGUUUCAUGACAUUAUGGAAAGUAGAACUGGACUGCAUCUCUGUGCUAUGCUUAAUUUAUGGAAUUAACUACACAAUUGACAAUUGUGCUCCACUGUUAUCCACAUUCGUUCUGGGCAAGGAUUUCACAAGAACUAAAUGGGUAAAGAAUGCCCUGGAAGUGCACGGGGUAGCUAUUUUACAGAGCUACCUCUGCUAUAUCGUUGGUCUGAUUCCUCUCGCAGCUGUGCCUUCAAAUCUGACCUGUACACUGUUCAGGUGCUUGUUUUUAAUAGCAUUUGUCACCUUCUUUCACUGCUUUGCCAUUUUACCUGUGAUACUGACUUUCCUGCCACCCUCUAAGAAAAAAAGGAAAGAGAAGAAAAAUCCUGAAAACCGGGAGGAAAUUGAAUGUGUGGAAAUGGUGGAUAUUGACAGUACCCGAGUGGUUGACCAAAUUACAACAGUGUGAUAGAGUCUGCUUGUAUAUUUUCACCCUAGGUCUUAUUGAGAGCAAAGAGAUUAUGUUAAUGAAACAAAUUCAAAGUUGUUCUUUCUUUUUUAAGAUACAGACAUUGCC